GAGGAGACUCAGGAGAGGAAUCUGAAGAAGCGCUUUCCCGAAGUUUUCGGCUUCUCGAAACCUGUGUUUUUUCACUCUCCAAGUCCCUUGGAUCAUCCUCGUCGCAUACACAAAUGCGGUGACUACACACUUACACUUGCUCAACUAUCCUCGUCGACAACUGGGCCGCCCAUUUCCUAGGCCUUUUGUCUUUUAUUCAGGACGAGUAUCAGCUUCAAGUACCGCACACCUUCUAUUUCGUGCAUUGGUACUGUGCGUGAGUUUGCAAGGACCUCCAACUCUUGUAACAUCCCAGUUCCAUCACAACGGCAGUCAGUCCGACAGAGGCCCUUCGAAUGGGCCCGGUUCCGCAAGUCAGGCGGUCGUCUCGGUCAGAGUCCUACGGGGAACGACUAGAGUACCUCGAGGACCUGGCUAUAACUCCGUCGCGUUCAAACGAGUUUCCUCCGGACCCUGACACCUUGCUGUAUGGCAGCUUCGCACCCCAAUCAACCUUGGAUGCCGCCCUUGGUGUUGAAGAGAAUGGUGUAGGUCACGAAAACGGCAAAGACGACGAAGCGCCUAUCGAUAUCCCACCUAUCAUUGCCGAGGACGUAGAAGAUGAUGGAGAAGGCGACGACGACGAUGACGACGAGGAGGAUUUGGUUCGGCAGCAAAAGUCGAAAGUGCAGAUGCUCAAAGGAAAAGCGGCCGCACGUCUACCACAGCGAGCAGCCGCCAUGGCCAGUCGCACCGCUCGAGCGGAUACCCCUUCGCGAGGCCAGGCCGCCGGAAAUGGAUACGCGAUCUUGUCUGGAUCAGAGGUCAAUGAUGGCGCGGCUGCCCAUCUCUGUGAGCAGGAAUACGAAGUGGAUGAGGAUGUUCGGAUCUUCAUCAAAGGCUAUCGCGUCUCUGGCUAUGGAAGGAUUCUUUACAAAGUGCUGUGCUUCUUCACUGCCGGAAUACUGUGGCUGCUGUGUCGCUGGAUACCGAAAUGGGAGCUGGCCUUCACCAUGCGCAAGUGCCCACUUGUGGAGGCUAGUCACGUCGCCGUGACAAACCAAUGGAACCAGAUGGAAGUUCUCCCCGUUGCAUGCGUGGACUUCGAUGGCUCGAUCGCCGAUGUGUUCCAACAAGGGCCUGUUUCCAGGGAGGGCCAAGCCACCACUCUCACGAACGACGUUGAUUUGCGCGCUAGCCCUCUUCAUCAACUGAUCUCGUUCCACUACCGAUACAUGCGCUUUAUUUAUAACCCCAUUCUUGGACAAUUUGCGCAAAACUCUUACUGGAGAGAUCACAGGUGGACAUCAGUGGAGAAGACUCUCCGAGGCAUAGACGUUCCUACUGCCUCACAACGGCACCAGGUGUUUGGGGAUAAUGCCGUCGUUAUCGCCGAGAAGCCGGUCUUCCGUCUGCUCAUGGACGAAGUGCUCAACCCCUUCUACGUGUUUCAAGUCGCCAGUAUCAUCCUGUGGUGCUUGGAUGAUUACUACUAUUACGCGGCGUGUAUCGCUUUGAUAUCCACCACGUCUGCUAUCGCGACCUUGAUCGAGACGAGGGAAACGAUGCGGCGAUUGCGCGAACUGUCGCGAUUUAGUUGCGACGUCAAAGUGUUCCGUGCUGGCCAAUGGCGCGUCAUGAAGUCAGACGAUAUCGUGCCUGGUGACAUAUACGAAGUUACACCCGGCAUGCUGCCGGUCUUCCCGUGCGACGGCGUCUUACUUCAGGGAGACUGCAUCGUCAACGAAAGUAUGUUGACGGGCGAAAGCGUUCCAGUCUCAAAGACCCCUAUCAAGGACUCGGAACUGCGCACGAUGGACAUCUGGGAAGAAGAUCCAGCGAGCAGCAGCCGAAUGUCUCGGUUCUUCGUCUUUGCGGGAACAAAGAUCAUCCGUGUCCGCGCGGGCAACAAUCGGUCGGGAACUACCACACCCAAUGGUAGUGACCAGAACCUCCAACGUACGGCGACACAAGCCGAGCCAGGCGCGCUCGCGCUUGCUGUCCGCACCGGGUUCAACACCACCAAAGGCAGUCUCGUCCGAUCCAUGAUGUUUCCCAAACCCAACACGUUCAAGUUCUAUCGAGAUUCCUUCCGGUUCAUCGGCGUCAUGGGACUGAUCGCUGGGUUCGGAUUCCUCGGCUCGUUCUACAAUUUCAUCCUGCUCCACGUCGCCCCCGCCAUGAUCAUCAUUCGUGCGUUGGAUCUGAUUACCAUCGUUGUGCCGCCGGCAUUGCCAGCUACCAUGGCUAUUGGAACCAGUUUCGCCAUCGGUCGCCUCCGGAAGGGCGAUAUUUACUGCACUAGCCCACCGCGCGUCAAUAUGUGCGGGAAACUAGACCUUAUCGCGUUCGACAAGACUGGCACUCUAACGGAGGAAGGACUCGAUGUCCUCGGUUUCCGUUUCACUGUCCCCAACACGACGGGGGGAGACGCUGCCGUCAAAGUCCCGCUGCGGUUCUCAACCCUGUACCGCGCCGUAGUUGACGUGAUACCCUCUGGUGCCCUUCACGGACGCAAAGUGGAGACAUCGUACGACACGUUCACACGCAGUCGGCCAGAUCUCCUCGACCGAUCGAUGUCGGGCAUGUCCGUCGCUCUGGGUGUGACGUCGGGCCAUCCCAACGGCUCCGAGCCGGACUUCCCAUACCCACUGAUUGUCUGCGUCAUGGCCACCUGCCACUCCAUCAAGGUAGUGAACGACGAACUGAUUGGAGACCCGAUGGACCUGAAAAUGUUUGAGUUUACGGGCUGGAACAUAGACGAGGGCGGCAAUGUCGAAGUACUGAACAGUGGCCGGCCGCUCUCCGCCAAACAAAAAGGCGGGGUGAUCGUCCGUCCGCCGGACUCGGUCGAAUUCCAACGCGCCGAAUGGGACGUCAACGGCACGGGAUCGCACAAACCCACAAAAAAGACCUACACGGAACUCGAAGUCAUCAAAUCUUUCGAGUUCGUGUCCACCCUCCGCCGCAUGUCCGUCAUUGUCCGCCGUCUCCGCUACGAUGAAGCGCCCACCGCUACCGCCAACGGCCGUAGCACGGCCCACAGCCCGACCGCCGACAAGGAAUUCGAGGUUUUUGUCAAGGGCGCACCCGAAAUCAUGCGCUCCAUCUGCACCCCCGAAUCCCUACCGGGCGAUUAUGACCAGCAACUGAACGAUUACGCGCACCACGGCUAUCGCGUGAUUGCCUGUGCGUGGCGCCGCAUCGAUGGACUGACAAAUGCGAAAGUGUUGCGGAUGAAACGCGAGCUUGUGGAGUGUGAAUUGCAGUUCCUUGGGUUUAUUGUGUUUGAGAAUAAGCUUAAGCCGGGGACUGCGCCGGUUGUGAAUGCAUUGAGGAGGGCGAGGAUUAGGGAGGUCAUGUGCACAGGUGACAAUGUUCUGACGGCCAUCUCGGUGUCGCGAGAGUGUGGGCUAGUGGACCCUUCGGAAAAGACAUUUGUGCCCCAUUUUUUACCUGGCAUACCACCGUCGUCUGAGGAUGCGAAGCUGGUGUGGGAAGAUGUUGAUGGGAGUGGUGCUACACUUGACCCUGAGACGCUUUUGCCUGUCUUACCACCGACACGCCUAACGCGACCCCCGUCGGAGCCGGGGCAAGCCAACAACGACUCCCUCGUCGUGCCGUACAACGACGUGGAUGACCGUAGUUCCAACCGGAGCGAGACUGAUGAGUUCAGAGUGGAUAUCAAUUCUGUGGCUGCGAAGGUUGGAGAGUACAAUCUCGCUGUUACGGGAGACGUGUUCCAGUGGAUGUUGGAGUGUGGCUCGGAUGACAGUUUCAACAGGAUGCUCGUCAAGGGUCAGAUUUACGCGCGAAUGUCCCCCGACCAAAAGCACUUCCUAGUCGAGAACUUCCAAGAACUAGGCUACUGCGUCGGUUUCUGUGGCGACGGCGCCAACGACUGCGGAGCCCUCAAAGCCGCCGACGUCGGGCUCUCCCUCUCCGAAGCCGAAGCCUCCGUCGCAGCGCCCUUCACUUCGCGCUCAACCGACCUCGACUGCGUCCUCCGGGUGAUCCGCGAAGGCCGCGCGGCCCUGGUCACCUCCUUCAGCUGCUUCAAGUACAUGGCCCUCUACUCGCUUAUCCAAUUCACCUCAGUCUCCCUCCUCUACUCACUCGCGGGCAACCUCGGCGACUUCCAGUUCCUCUUCAUCGACCUAGCCCUCAUCAUCCCCAUCGCGGUCUUCAUGGGCCGCUCGGGCGCCCACCCGCGGAUCUUCCGCAAACGCCCCACCGCCAGCCUCGUGUCGCGCAAAGUCCUCACGUCGCUGAUUUGCCAGGUCGUCAUCCAAGCCGGGUUCCAACUGGCGAUGUUUAUGUGGAUCCGACGACAGCCUUUUUAUGAGAAGCCGAAGGGGGAUGUGGAUGACCGCCAGUAUCAGAGUUAUGAGAAUACGACGGUGUUCUUGUUGAGUUGUUUUCAGUAUAUUGCGGUCGCGGUCGCGUUUUGUGUCGGGCCGCCUUAUCGGGCUAGUAUGUGGAAGAAUGUCCCCUUCCUAACAACGGUCAUAACCCUCUUCUCCUUCGCCACCUUCAUCACCCUCUCCCCACCCGCCCCGAUCGCCAAAAUCCUCGACCUCAUUCCCAUCCCUUUCCCCGCCCGCAUGACCAUCUUCACCGUGGCCAUGCUCGACUGGGCCCUCUCCUGGGCCGGGGAACACUACAUCUUCCCCGGGAUUGCGUCCCUGCUCAAGGCCUCUAGCCCCGUGUUGUGGAAACUGAGGCGGCGGAGCGUGCCUGCCUUGUCUGCGGGACAUGCACCACCACCCGCACCACCGGCGGGUGAUCUGCUCGCACUUGCCCGAGUGGCGAAACGGGACGCGAAACGGAUGCGGUGGAAGGAUAAGGGGAAGGUGUGGAAGUUGGUUGCGGAUGAUAUGCGGAUGGAGGCGGCGAAUGUUGUUAGCGGGAAUGGGACUGCGGCUGCGCCGGCGGGGGUUGCUGCUGGGUUUAGGUAGCAUCUUUGGUUCCACGCUUUUGAUACCCCUCUUCCCUCGACUCCUUGCGAUAUCCCGUUCUCACGAUUAGAUGUGCGCAUUCAUCUUUGUUCCUUACUUGUUUUUAUUUUGUC